GACAUGCGCAGUAUACUUUUGAGCUGCCAUCUUGGCGUAGACAUCGCAAUUUUACGUGGAAUUUGUAGGGAAGAAAAAUUGUUUUUCGAGGCUAAAAAGUGAAUUUGGGCUGAUGAGAAGUUUUAGAUUAAUGGUAUAAAGAUGGAUGGAAGUGAAGCAGCUGACAACCUGAUUGUGGAACCCAUCAAUGCUGCAACAAAUGCAACUGGGCUUGAACCUUCACCUCAACCAUCAUCUACCGGUAUGGCAGCUGGACCCUCUGCUGUACCCACUCCAGGGGCAAGUGAGAGGAACGGUGGAACUCCAGGUCCUCAGGGUAUCGUCAUUCUUCAGCAACCAAGACCAGGGUUUGUAAGGUCUUUCAAGCAAGCCCAAGUGCUCCCGCAAAUCAAGAUGAAACCAACCGGUAUAAUGCCAAAGAAGAAUGUCCUCAAGGAGAGGCCUGUGAUUGUUAAGAAGCGCUUACCAUCACCAGGUUCUCCGCUGCAAGGAGUCAAGGCACAACCACCAAAGUCUACACCUGCAGGAGAAGAAGCAGAUGCAGUAGCCUCUGCAAAGGCAACAGCUGCUGCUGCCGCCGCCGCUGCAGCUGCUGCAGCAGCUACAAGAGCCAGGAUGACUCCACCUUCCUUCAAUCCUCUUGGUUCUAAACUUGCACCAAAGCCUCUUGUUCAAAACCCAGGCUCAGGUGGAAUAACCUCGGCUCCAUCUGCAGCUCCCAAGAAAAAAGUGAUCCAAAUCAAGAAAACAGAGGCUUCAGGAUACAUAUUGAACCAGGUAAUACCCAAGGGUCAGUCACCUGUUCCAACACCAGCACCCUCAAAGACUAGCUCCCCUCAGCAGCCUCCACUGAAGAAGCUAGCUGUUCUGGCGGCUGCUCCUCAUGGACAGACAGAGAACUUACAACAAGUGAACAUACAGUCUCUUCCCCAGGUACCUAUAUUAAGAAGGGCUUCACAAUCUGAACAGCAGCAGCAACAACAACAUCAACAGCAGCUUAGACCACUUAAAGUAUUUGUAGCCAAUCCUCAAGCACUUGGUGCAGGAGAUGGCAAAACCCAUAUCAAGACAGCUCAUGUGGACAGUUCUGGAAAAGUUCAAAUUGGUAAGGUUAUACAUGGCUUACCAAAAUCUAGACUUGUACCUGCUUCAAUAUCCCCUAAGAUAGUUGUGGGUGCCCCUGCUACACCAACACAAGUUGGUGCACCACAUCCUUUGAAAGUCUCUGGAAUUCAAACAGUACAGCAGUCCAUUCCUACUGCACAGCCAAAUACUACAAACCAACCGCAGCAGGUAACUGUGUCAUCUGCCAAACUUCAAGGAGGUCAAUUCCAGUUUGUUGCUGCUAAUGGACAAAAGUAUGUUCUUACAUCUUCACUGUUUCCCACUUUUACCACAACCUCACAGGGGACGCUUACUCCAGUGCAGACCAGUGUUGCUAAUGCAAAUGCUGCUGGCUCAAUAGCUGGAGGCAAUCAACCUAUUACUCUGCAGCUUAGUUCUGGAGCACAGGUAGUUCAAAGCCGCAGUGGUCAAGAUGUCAAACCAUUUAUACAACAAGUAUCAGGGUCAAUUGUGAAGGGUAAGCCAGUGCCUGUUCAACAGGCUCUUGCAAAGAUUGCUGCCUCUGCCCAAGUUGCUGGGGGGCAGAGGAUUCAGAUACUUCCCUCUGGCAAGUUAAUUCCCGGGUUGACCUUGGCCAGUGGUACUCCAACAGCGAUAUCACCAGGGAUGAAGUCACCUCAGGCAAAGAUCACUACCCUUGGGCAAGUCGGUGCUCUUACAAACUCCCAACAGGGUGGCAGUCCUCAGCAGCAACAGCAAGGUCAGCUACCUCCUAGAACCAUUGGUCCAUCUACACCAACAUCGGCUCCCACUACAUCAAUGAACCUUGUCUACCAACCUCCCAUCCAGGGUGCUAAGAAUGCCAUAGUAAUGACCAAGCCUCCAGGGAGUGGCAACCAGCAACCAAAGAAUACAAGUGGCACUCUGCAGCAACUCAUCCCUCAUCAGAUCAUAGGAGGGAACAACCAGAUUCUGAUCCAGUCAACCAUGCCAUCGCAGCAAAUCAGGACUAAACUUGUUCAGGCACCAAUACAGAUUUCGAAUUCUCCGUCCAUUCCACAUGGUAACAAACCUCUUUCAAAGCAACCAGACAACUCGGCCAUGCCACCACCACCCCUAUCGGCACCGGCUGGGACACCCAGCACCGUCAGUCAAUCAGGCAGCCUUCAGUCUGCUACCAUGAUGCAGCCCCAGCUGCUGCAGACCUGUGGUGCUCAGGCUACCAUUGGACUCAUCCAGGUACCCAUGGUCAACAUUGGUCACCCUAUCCAGCUACAGUCUAGUGCAUGUUCAACCAAUGUGACCCAUAGUCAUUCUGGUAGCAUCCUCGCCAAGAGUGGAAACACCACCCCGCAGUUGGUGUCAAGCAAUGCCAUUUCUCCCGGUCAAAUCUUCCAGCUAGUCCAGACUUCAGGAAAAGUACCCAUGCUCUCGCCAGCGAUCAAAGAAAUUGAGGUCAAACAUCCCUCUACACCCGUUCCGAUUGCCCCUGCUCUCAGAAUCCCAGUCAAACCAAUCAAGCCAAGUGAGAAGGAAGAGCCAGUCAAGGUCAAGAAUGAGUCGAAGGAACCAUUAUCUAGCAUCGAUGUAGCACUAAAGUAUGGAACGUUUCCUCAGGCCCCAAUCCCAAUGAAUAAACGCAAGGCUUCUGAGAUGAUGGAGGAAUCAGAAUCAGAGGACAAUAUUCACAAAGCACUCAAAGUAGAAGUUAACAAGCCAGAAGAAGAGAAUGUAGAAUUCUCUUGGGAAGAGUAUCUGGAUAUCACUGGAGCUACAACUGCCCCUUUCUCAUGCUUCCCUCAUGUGGAAUCCAGUCUGACAUGCUACGUCAAGUUUGGUAUGAAGGUGGAGGUGCCCAACCCCAUCAUGACCUACCCUAUCCACGUCAAGAGUUACUGGGUAGCGACCAUCGUGGCCCUCUCUGGCUCCCUCAUGCUGCUGAGGUAUGAUGGAUGGGAGGAAGGGGAUCGGUCGGGAGACUUCUGGUGGGACCUGGUCUCCAUGGAGGUCCAUCCCAUCGGAUGGUGUGCCAGGAAUGGCUAUGUCCUGACGCCCCCAAACUCUCUUAUCCACAAACCCAUCAACUGGCAGGAAUUCCUGAUCCAGACACUGACAGGCACAAAGACCAUUCCAGAGCAGAUUCUAAAGGAGGCUCCCAGCAGCCUCUACCCGGUCAUGAGACUCAAGAAAGACAUCCAGGUGGACGUGAUAGACGACAAGUGCCCUCUACAGGCCUGGGUGUGCACAAUCAUUGAUAACUGUGGAGGUCGUCUGAAGGUCCGCAGCUUGGGCUAUCCUGACGGUGAUCAUGACUUCUGGCUCUUCUACCAGUCAUGGAGGGUGCAUCCCCUCGGCUGGGCCAAGGAGAGGAAGGUGGCUAUCGGACCUCCAAAACCGGUGAAAGAUUACAAUCCUCAUUGCACAGCUGCACAUUACCAGGCCAUGUACAAGCAUGCUCUCAACAAGGCGGGAAACUCCCUCAACCUACCUGCUGAACUAUUCAAGGAGCAUAACAAAAUCACCAUCCACAAGUUCUUGGCUGGAAUGCGAUUGGAGGCCGUCAAUCCCAAGGCUCCCUCCCAGAUCUGCCCGGCCACCGUCACCGAGGUCUUCAACAUCUACUUCUUCCGGGUCACCCUGGAUGACCUUCGACCUGAGGGCGAGCGGGAGGAGGUCAGGAUCACCUGCCAUGGCAUGUCUGGAGGUAUCUUCCCCGUCGGCUGGGCUCAACUGACCGGCGUCACUGUGACCCCACCCAAAGGCUAUGUGAAUCUACAGCAAGGGAGCCACUUCGAUUGGAAUAUAUACCUCAGACAUGUGAAGGGAAAGCCUGCGAGUAGGAGUAUAUUCAAGCUGACAUCUGAUCAUGACUUCCAGCACGGCAUGAAGCUAGAGGCUGUCAACCCCUUCAACGCCAACCAGAUCUGCCCCGCCACGGUGACCAAGAUAGCUGGCCGCCACAUGUGGUUACACUUUGAUGGUAGCAAACUUCCCAACCACAUUGUUGACAUAGAGUCGACGGAGAUCUUCCCUGUAGGGUGGUGCGAUAGCAAUGGAUACACUUUGAGAACACCCAAGAAACUCCUGGCAAGGAAAACAAAGAGAGUCGCCAUUGUUUGGCCUGAAAAGCAAAGCAGGUUUGCCCCAAUGAGCCCUGGACGGGAUCUCUACCAUAGAGUACAGGAAGUGAGAGAGGCAGCCAAGGAGGAAGAGGGAGCAGAAGAAGAUUGGAUUGACAAGGUCUACUACAAUCACAAGUGCUUCUCUGGUCCUUACCUGAACAAGGGGCGCAUUGCGGAGCUGCCCAAGUCUGUUGGUCCAGGCAUGGUACCCCUGGUGCUGAGGGAGGUGCUCCACAUGCUGAUCAACGCUGCCUACAAGCCUCCCAGGGUGCUCCGCGAGCUCCAGGUGGAGAACGAGGAGACGGCAGGGAUGAACGGCUCCCUCCACGUCAUGAAGGCUAAAUACAAGGGCAAGAGCUACCGUGCCAUGAUUGAGUUGUGCAAGACGGCCAGUGAGGUACCAAGCUUCCUGAGAAAUACCUGUCUAAACCUUGAAUGCUGUCCUAACCUGGUCUCGCUCCAUCAAGUACAAGAUUCCUGCCCAGAACAGUGUUUCAAUCUAAACAAGAGUAAAUACAUACAAGCAUAUGGAAGGAAACACAAGCCAGCCCGUCUUGGCAGACCACCCGUUCCCAAGGCCCAAUCCAAGUCAGGCGAUAAGAAGGGGAACGGGCGUCGGCGCAAGAAGAGGCGCCAGCUCUUCAUCCACCGGAAGAAACACAACAACCUCAAGCCAGACUCGCCCGAUAAGACACAGGCUGAAGGAGGGGUGCAGGGAGGGGGAGGAGGGGAUGCUGCCAUAGCAUUGAGCAGCACUGAGGCAGAGGCAAGGAGACGGGAGCUACUACACUCAGCAAAGAAGCCACUAGUCAGCAGAGCCAAAGCCUUGCUGGACUCUGCAAAGCGAACAAAGCUCCAACACAGUACUCCUAAGCUGAUCCUCCCCCAUCGGGAGAGAGGAACCAAGAUGAAGAACUUUGCUGCCAGACUCACAUCCUCUAGAGCGCAGAGGAAAGAGGAGGAGAGGGAGAGGAUGGAGCAACAAGAGAAACAACUCAUGCAGCAACACCAAAAGAAGUUGCAACAACAGCAGAAGCAACAACAACAGCAGCAGCAGCAGCAGCAAUCAGAGGACCACAAACACAAACAUGCCAAAGACAAGAAACAAACACCCAGUCCAGUGAAGAUUGAGAGUAGCUUGAAGUUAGAGAGCAACCCUCUCCAUUGGAGCGUGGACAGAGUCGUCAAGUUUAUCAAGAAGACAGACUGUGCCAGUCUUGCCAAAGUAUUCAAGGACCAGGAGAUUGAUGGCCAAGCCCUUCUCCUACUGACCCUGCCUACAGUACAAGAAUGCAUGGAGCUGAAAUUAGGGCCUGCCAUCAAGCUAUGCCAUCACAUUGAACGGGUUAAGAUAGCAUUCUAUGAGCAGUAUGCAUCAUGACAUCCUUGACCCAUCGGUUACCACAACCUCGCUAUAUGAAGACCAGGGAUUGGUUUCACAAAGCCUUUUUUCAAUGACAAAUGA